AUGGAGGCCCCAACUCGCAUACUGCCCCUCUGUCUUCUCAUCUUUCUGUUGGCUUCCUCCGGUCCUGUGGCUGCUGAGAAGGAUGGUAUUGACAUCUACAGCCUCACCUUGGACUCCAAGGUCACAUCACGCUUUGCCCAUACCACCAUCACCAGCCGGGUGGUCAAUAAGGCAGAAGAGGCCCGUGAAGCUGUCUUCCAGGUGGAGCUACCCAAGACAGCCCUCAUUACCAACUUCUCCAUACUCAUGGCUGUCUCCACAAUGCAGAUCGAGAACGGAUACUUCGUGCAUCACUUUGCCCCAGCAGAACUGCCUACACUGACUAAGAACGUGGUCUUUGUCAUCGACAAGAGUGGAUCCAUGCUUGGUAGAAAGAUUACUCAGACUCGGGAGGCACUGGUAAAGAUCCUGGAUGAUCUCAAUCCAGAGGACCAGUUUAACUUGGUCAUCUUCAAUGGGAGAGUGACCCAGUGGAAACCAUCACUGCUUCAGGCCUCAACUGAACAUGUGGAGGAAGCCAAGAAAUUUGCCCGCAGUAUCCAGGCAGAUGGAUAUACCAAUAUCAAUGAAGCUGUCCUUCUGGCUGUGAAAAUGCUAGAUGAGAGCAACAGGAGAGAGCAGCUACCAGAAGAGAGCAUUUCCCUGGUCAUCCUGCUCACGGAUGGAGAUCCCACUAAAGGGGAGAAAGACCCCAAGAAGAUUCAGGAGAAUGUGAAGGGAGCUAUAGGAGGCAGUUAUUACCUCUAUUGCCUGGGUUUUGGCUUUGAUGUCAACUAUGCUUUCCUGGAGAAGCUGGCCCUGGAGAAUGGCGGGGUGGCCCGGCGCAUCUAUGAGGACUCAGAUGCUGAUUUGCAGCUCCAGGACUUUUACCAGGAGGUGGCCAACCCACUGCUGACCAAGGUGGAGUUCCAGUAUCCAGACAAUUCUGUGGAACAGCUUACAAAAGACAACUUCUUGGUUUUCUUCCGGGGCUCCGAACUAGUGGUGGCUGGGAAACUCAAGCCCCAGGUGGAGGAUUUGCUCUCAGCCAAAGUCAAGGGCCAGUCGCGCACCCAGAACUUCACCUUCCAAACAGAAGUGAAUGUUGAGGACAAGGAGAAGGUGUUCCAGAGCCCAAAGUACAUUUUCCACAACUUCAUGGAACGCCUGUGGGCAUACCUGACCAUUCAGCAGCUGUUGGAGAAAGCUGUUUCAGCAUCAGCUGAUGAGAAGAAGAGCCUGGAGGCCCGGGCUUUGGGUCUGUCCCUCAACUUCAGCUUUGUCACCCCCCUCACGUCCAUGGUGGUCACCAAACCAGAGGGCCAGGAUCAGGCCCAGGUGGCUUCCAAGCCAGUGGAAGCGGAUAACAAUUGGUUGUCUUCACCAUCAGUAUUAUGGACAAAUGCACGGAUGUCUAAAGCUAGAAAACAAAUUUCAAAGUUCUCAGCUGUUUCACACAGAUCACAAGGGCUCCAAGAGAGCGUUGCUUUUGCUGCGGAUAAUACGAAAGCAACGACGAUCAAAAUCAAGUCAGGCACGAGGUCCAGGUCAGGUCUUGUUCGAAAUAAUUAUAAAAUAGAGGAUGUCGAAAUCUCAAUUCCCUCCUCUCCUGCUCCAGUGGAAAGGGAACCUCAUUUCAUCUUGUCACUGUCUAAACCAAGUGAUAAGGGUAGCCGGUGGGCCGUGUGUAUGGAUGUCAAGGAGUCAUCUCAGACGCCUCUGAGGCUCAUCUCUGAUCCCACUCACGGCAUUGAAGUGACUGGCAAGUAUGAGGAGAGAAUGGAUAAGUUUGUCUGGCUCCAGGUGAGCUACAAGACUCCUGAGGUGAAGGUGCGUGUGACCCAGGAUAACAUCGUGGUGACUCGUGGCCGUGGUGGGAAAAGCUCCUCUUACCAAUGGCAGCAAACACUACACUUGGUGAUGUCUGGACUGAAGCUGACUUUGGAAAAUGGCGUCUUGCUGCUUAGUGCUCCAGACAAAGUCACCAUUGGCCUGGUGUCCUUGAACAAUCCCACUCCUAGACUGCAACUCAGCAUGCAAGAUCCAGCUGACUUCUUCAUCCAAGCCAGUGGAAUCCUUGGUCAACUUUAUCAGGAUUUGCUGUUGAAUACUGUCACAGUUAGAAGAACUGAAGACACAUGGGAGCAAAAUGUGGGGGGAAAGAACUAUACAGUCACCAGAAAUUUCAGGAGGAAUUUUCAAAGAAGCAGAGAUACUACCCAACUGCCAACAUUUCGAUGCCAGAUCUAUGCUUGGAGCAGCCCUUAGUAGGUGAAGAUGAAUGACCGGCUAUGCUUUCCUCUUCUGGACUCCAUGCCUGGUGCAGCCCAGGCCAACCAGGACCCUUUCCUGCCCUUUGUUUGUGUCUACCUCGGACAGUUGAGGAGGCAAGAUGGGUGAGGAGAUGUUAUAAAGCAGAGAUCACUGUCA